UUCUGAGUGAGUCGGUGGCUCCCCCACCCACCUCGUCCGCUCUCUCCUCCUCCUCCUCCUCUUCCUCUCUGGUCUCCUCCCUCCUCCGGGCUGGGUUGCAAAUGGCUUCGUUCCCCGAGACCGAUUUCCAGAUCUGCUUGCUGUGCAAGGAGAUGUGCGGCUCGCCGGCGCCGCUCUCCUCCAACUCGUCCGCGUCGUCGUCCUCCUCGCAGACGUCCACGUCGUCGGGGGGCGGUGGCGGGGGCCCUGGGGCGGCGGCGCGCCGCCUACACGUCCUACCCUGCCUGCACGCCUUCUGCCGCCCCUGCCUCGAGGCGCACCGGCUGCCGGCGGCGAGCGGCGGCGCGCCUGGAGAGCCGCUCAAGCUGCGCUGCCCGGUGUGCGACCAGAAAGUAGUGCUAACAGAGGCGGCGGGCAUGGACGCGCUGCCUUCGUCCGCCUUCCUGCUCAGCAACCUGCUUGACGCGGUGGUGGCUACUGCCGACGAGCCGCCGCCCAAGAACGGGCGCGCCGGCGCCCCGGCGGGCGCCGGCGGCCACAGCAACCACCGGCACCACGCUCACCACGCGCACCCGCGCGCGUCCGCCUCGGCACCGCCACUCCCGCAGGCACCGCAGCCGCCCGCGGCUUCCCGCUCGGCACCCGGCGGCCCGGCCGCUUCCCCGUCGGCGUUGCUGCUGCGCCGGCCUCACGGCUGCAGCUCGUGCGAUGAGGGCAACGCAGCUUCCUCGCGCUGCCUCGACUGCCAGGAGCACCUGUGCGACAACUGCGUCCGAGCGCACCAGCGCGUGCGCCUCACCAAGGACCACUACAUCGAGCGCGGCCCGCCGGGUCCCGGUGCCGCGGCAGCGGCGCAGCAGCUGGGGCUCGGGCCGCCCUUUCCUGGCCCACCCUUCUCCAUCCUCUCAGUGUUUCCCGAGCGCCUCGGCUUCUGCCAGCACCACGACGACGAGGUGCUGCACCUGUACUGUGACACUUGCUCCGUGCCCAUCUGUCGUGAGUGCACAAUGGGCCGGCACGGGGGCCACAGCUUCAUCUACCUCCAGGAGGCGCUACAGGACUCACGGGCACUCACCAUCCAGCUGCUGGCAGAUGCCCAGCAGGGACGACAGGCAAUCCAGCUGAGCAUCGAGCAGGCCCAGACGGUGGCGGAACAGGUGGAGAUGAAGGCGAAGGUUGUGCAGUCCGAGGUCAAAGCAGUGACUGCGAGGCAUAAGAAGGCCCUGGAGGAGCGCGAGUGCGAGCUGCUGUGGAAGGUAGAAAAGAUCCGCCAGGUGAAAGCCAAGUCUCUGUACCUGCAGGUGGAGAAGCUGCGGCAAAACCUCAACAAGCUUGAGAGUACCAUCAGUGCCGUGCAGCAGGUCCUGGAGGAGGGUCGAGCGCUAGACAUCCUGCUGGCCCGCGACCGGAUGCUGGCCCAGGUGCAGGAGCUGAAGACCGUGCGGAGCCUCCUGCAGCCCCAGGAAGAUGACCGAGUCAUGUUCACACCCCCUGAUCAGGCACUGUACCUUGCCAUCAAGUCUUUUGGCUUUGUUAGCAGCGGGGCCUUUGCACCACUCACCAAGGCCACGGGUGAUGGCCUCAAGCGCGCCCUCCAGGGUAAGGUGGCCUCCUUCACAGUCAUUGGUUAUGACCACGAUGGUGAGCCCCGUCUCUCAGGAGGUGACCUGAUGUCAGCUGUGGUCCUGGGCCCUGAUGGCAACCUGUUUGGUGCAGAGGUGAGCGAUCAGCAGAACGGGACAUACGUGGUGAGUUACCGGCCCCAGCUGGAGGGUGAGCACCUGGUAUCUGUGACACUGUGCAACCAGCACAUUGAGAACAGCCCUUUCAAGGUGGUGGUCAAGUCAGGCCGCAGCUACGUGGGCAUUGGGCUCCCGGGCCUGAGCUUCGGCAGCGAGGGUGACAGCGAUGGCAAGCUCUGCCGCCCUUGGGGCGUCAGUGUAGACAAGGAGGGCUACAUCAUCGUGGCCGACCGCAGCAACAACCGCAUCCAGGUAUUCAAGCCCUGCGGCGCCUUCCAUCACAAAUUCGGCACCCUGGGCUCCCGGCCUGGGCAGUUCGACCGGCCAGCCGGGGUGGCCUGUGACGCCUCACGCAGGAUCGUGGUGGCUGACAAGGACAAUCAUCGCAUCCAGAUCUUCACCUUCGAGGGCCAGUUCCUCCUCAAGUUUGGUGAGAAAGGAACCAAGAAUGGGCAGUUCAACUACCCUUGGGAUGUGGCGGUGAAUUCUGAGGGCAAGAUCCUGGUCUCAGACACGAGGAACCACCGGAUCCAGCUGUUUGGGCCUGAUGGCGUCUUCCUAAAUAAGUAUGGCUUCGAGGGGGCUCUCUGGAAGCACUUUGACUCCCCACGGGGUGUGGCCUUCAACCAUGAGGGCCACUUGGUGGUCACCGACUUCAACAACCACCGGCUCCUGGUGAUUCACCCUGACUGCCAGUCGGCACGCUUUCUGGGCUCGGAGGGCACGGGCAAUGGGCAGUUCUUGCGCCCACAAGGCGUAGCCGUGGACCAGGAAGGGCGCAUCAUUGUGGCAGAUUCCAGGAACCAUCGGGUACAGAUGUUUGAAUCCAACGGCAGCUUCCUGUGCAAGUUUGGCGCUCAAGGCAGCGGCUUUGGGCAGAUGGACCGCCCUUCUGGCGUCGCCAUCACCCCCGACGGAAUGAUCGUGGUGGUGGACUUUGGCAACAAUCGAAUCCUAGUCUUCUAAUUGCAUUUCCUAGGUUUCUGUGUUUGGGGUGUGUGUGCGCGUCUCUCUCCCUCUCUCUCUCUCUCUCUUUUUGAAUUUCAAAGAAGAAACAGUCUCAGGGAAAUUUCUUUUUUCUUUUUUUUUUUUUAAAAGAGAACAAGAAAAGUACAACAUUGCUUAAGUCCUACCUCAUCUUUAUUUUUUUACAGAUGAAUGUACUUAUCUUUUCUGCAGGGAUUGAGCCUGUGAAGUGAUAAUUUCUAUCUACCUCAUAAAUCUUUACAUUUCCUUCUGCAGCAGGCCCUCUUCCCCUCCUCAGUGGAGUUUGCAUUUCCCUCUUCCCCUGCGUGGGGCACGAUAUGCACAAGCCUGGCAUCCGUAUGGCUGGGAGGGCACUGGGUGUGUGUGGUGGAUUGUAUUCUGUAGAUUGAGCCAAGGAAACACACAAAAAAAACUACUAAGUAAAAAAGCAAAAAACUAUAAAACAUGGAAAAAAUAGGAUUUGAAAUGCAUAAUUAUAGAGUAUCUGUGUUCUUGAGAAUACUGUGUUUAUAUGGGGUUAGAUUAUGUUGUGUCGUUUUGAUCUUUUGGAAAAUCUUCUCUUUUUUUAAAUGCUGCAACAGAGAAAUUUCCUCUGUUCUCCGUUCAUACCUCAGUGUGUUUAACAUCCUCUUCUGUAUCUUUUCUUAAUCUUAGACGUCGUGGCUGUGGCUUGCUAGCCAAGAAAAGCAGACCCUUCAUGUUUUAGGGUAUAUAAUCUUUAUUUCUUUUAAGGGAGGGUGUGUGCGUGUUUGUUUCAAAGCCAUCUUGCACCCAGGUAGCUGAAAAUGACACACUGCCUCCCAAAGAAGCUCUCCUUUCACACUUUGGUUUCUUGAAAAAAUAUAUAGAUGGUAGCUCAGGAUUUUUGAUUAAACGUAUUCUCAAAAGUUAAGCUUUCUUAUUUUGCUGUUAGGUUAUAAAGGGUUAAAUGGAAGGAAGAAGGAAAUUAACCUCAUUCUCAGAGAGGGUUUUCAGGCAUGGACUGAUGUGGACAUGAAUGUGGGUGGACGUGUGUGCUGAGGGAGUCAGGGAGCACAUUAAAGAACAAGGCACCCCCAAACUGUAGUUGUUCUGUAGUCCUUUCUUUUCCUCAGAAGAGUAGGCAAAGGAAAGAACUUUCAUUUUACAAGCACAAUUUUUUUCCUGCUUUGAAAGUUCAGGGAAAUACAAUGUUUGAAAGUCAAAAUAAUACCAACAGCCCAGUCCCACACCCUCUGCUUGGGUCACUUUUUAUAGGAUUGUUUGCACCCAGGCCAUGCUUUAGGACCUCGUGGUUAACAUGAAUCCCCCCGCCCCCCUCCCCUCAAGGCCUUUGAAUAUAAAGGAUCUAGAAACCAAAUUGUCCAAACCUGAAAUGUAGGAUGUAAUGUCUUUUCUUAAACCUGUAACUCGGUACCAAAGAAUGAAAAUUUAAGGCUCCCACUGCAGAACUGUGGGGUAGAAUCUGUGUCACUUUACAGGAUUGGUUGGUUGUAAGCUGGACUUGGGUACAAAACUUGUGCUUCUGGGCAUUGUCUGUCUCUCAAGUGCAAAGCAGAUGUCGCUGAUACCCUGCUUGUCAGAAUCCAGUGGGUUCCUGCAUUGCCCCAAAUACUGAAAUAAGAACCAAAUUCUGGAGGAGCCCUCCUCAGGGAAAAGAGGGACUCGCAAACAAACGUCAGUGACUUUUAUAAGGGAGACCUCUUGUUUAAAAAUAAAGACUUAGGUAUCAACUUCUGUUCUCUAUUUAAGAAAAAUUUCUAUUGCAAAAUGGGUAUAGUUUUAAAUGAACAAAACAGAUUAACAAAUGGAGCAAUUUGUUUCUAUUAUCCCAAUAGAAAAGGAGAUGAUGGGGACAAUGUGACAAGUCAAUCAAGUUGCUUUUCCCGUAUACCUCUUUUGGACGUUUAAUUUGCUACUACUACAAGCUACGCUGUCUCUUCCCAUUGCUUUAAUUCUAGGGUUUCUGAGUGACCAAAAUGGGAAGGGGAAAAAAAAAACCUCAUCUCACAGAGGAGAACUGCAUGCAAUAAAAGAUUCAAAAGUUGGAAAGUAACUUCAAACUGCUGCUGGCUCCCAGCUGCUGUUACAGGGUGGGAAGGUGUUAAGAAAUCUUGUUUGUUAGAAGCUCCUUUUACUGUAGAAUUUAAUAGCGAAUCCUUCCCCAGUGCCUGUUCAGUUGCCUUUUGGCCAUGAAGCUCUUUUUGGUAAAGAGUUAAUAUAAUUAAACAUUUUUGCUGUUUUCUAUUUUGGAGUAACUUGGUGCUGAUCUUCCCUCUCCGCAGCCACCCAACAAACCACCCUUUAAAUACCAAAGACAACUGGUUUUAAAUGCUUGAAAAAAAAUUUUAUUGAGGAGAUGGAUCUUGAUUAAAAUCCUUUCAUAGUCA